UUAGAUUUUUAUAAUGUUAAGUUUUACUAAAGUACUAGCUUUUCCAUUGUGCUGGUGCAACUGUAUAGGACCGCACUAUAUGUGGUCAUGAUUGUUUCAUGUUGAUAGUCGUCCAUGCUGUAGCUAGAUUCUUGUUUUAUUAUCUCUUUCCUUACUACUUUUCUCCUUUUCAGGAGACUAUACUUUGUGCUUGCGGGUGUUAAAGAGCCUGUGCUCCAGCUGAAGGUGGUGUCUCGGCAUCAAAUUUAAAUGAUAAACUCCCUUCAAUCCAAAGGCUGAAAUCCUCCGAACCUUCAAAACUUCAGUUUAACUAGCAAGAUCAGCUGCAUAGGGAUGAUGCUACGCACACCGAAGCAUCAGUUGUCUCAUUUUCACUCUUUCUUCAUCAUUUGCUUCAUCCUCUGCAUAUCCAUCUCAAAUGCUGAUAAUACUGGUGACAUCAGAAAGUUGUUCAAUCUUAGAGAUUCACUUGCCCAUGCAAAAGAUUUCAUUCCAAGCUGGUUUGAUGCACAAAUCCCACCAUGCAACUGGUCGGGCAUUACCUGUGCAGGUCCGACUAUUCGGGCCAUUGACUUAUCCUAUGUACCUCUCAACGUACUGAUUCCACGCUGCAUUGGGGAAUUCAGAUUUCUAACACGGCUUAACUUCAGCGGCUGUGGGUUCUCUGGUCAAGUUCCACAAUCAUUAGAUGACUUGCAGAAUCUACAGUACUUGGAUUUAAGCCAGAAUGAACUCUCUGGACCUCUGCCUUCGUUUGCCAACUUGACAAAGCUCAAAGAAUUGGUGCUCUACUCAAAUUUCUUCUCUGGAAGCUUGAGCCCCAGCAUUGGACAGCUUAAAAAUCUAACGAAACUUUCCAUAUCGCAGAAUUUCUUUUCUGGAAGCCUCCCACCAGAGUUGGGUAACCUACAGAACCUGAAGUUUCUGGACAUCAGCAUGAACUCCUUCUCUGGAAUGCUACCCUCUAGCAUGGGAAAUCUUACCAGACUCCUGCACCUAGAUGCAAGCCGAAAUGGGUUCAGUGGUUCAAUAUUUUCUAGCAUUGGUUCUAUGGGGAAUGUCUUGACACUUGACCUCUCGUCCAAUAGCUUGACAGGAGCUCUUCCAAAGGAAAUUGGCAGAUUGACAAGUUUGGAAUCACUUUGGCUGGGAUCGAAUGGCUUAACUGGGAGUAUUCCGGUGGAGAUUGGCAACUUAAAGCAGCUCAAAGUUUUUUCAGUCCAUGAUUGCAAGUUGACUGGAAACAUUCCCAAGGAAAUCUCGAACCUUAAAAGUCUAACGGAUUUAGACAUAUCAGAGAACAAUUUUGAUGGGGAGAUGCCUCCAGGUAUAGGAGAGUUGACAAAUCUAGUAUACCUGGUUGCUGCCAAUGCUGGACUCGCCGGACAUAUACCGGAACAGCUUGGCCACUGCAAAAAUCUGAAGAUCCUAGACUUGUCAUUCAAUUCUUUUUCAGGUCCUCUGCCAGACAGUCUUGGUGCACUAGAAGCUAUUAACACAUUUAUUGUUGAAGGAAAUCAUCUGUCAGGUCCAAUUCCCACCUGGAUUUCAAAUUGGAAACAGGCGAACUCUAUUAGGUUGGGUAAGAACAAAUUCACUGGGUCUUUGCCUCCACUGGAUCUGCAAUACCUCAGUUCAUUCUCAGCUGAUGCCAACCAGCUUUCAGGAGAAAUCCCGUCCAAGAUAUGUGAAGCUAAGUCGUUGACUCUUCUAUCUUUAUCUGAGAAUGAAUUCACAGGCAGCAUAAAGGAAACCUUCAAAGCAUGCUUGAAUCUCACUGAUUUGAUCCUUAUGGGAAACAAUUUGUAUGGCGAAAUACCAAGCUAUUUAAGUGAACUACCUCUUGUUACACUGGAAUUGUCACAGAAUAACUUCUCUGGGAAGGUUCCUGAUCAGCUGUGGGAGUCCUCGACCAUUCUGGAAAUAUCGCUUAGCAACAAUCAACUUAGUGGUCAAAUUCCAGACAGCAUUGGUAAAAUCUUCGGUCUCCAGAGGCUGCAACUGGACAACAAUUUCAUUGAAGGUGCCAUCCCAAGCUCCAUCGGGAAAUUGAAAAACCUGACGAAUUUGUCUCUCCAUGGAAAUAGAUUGUCUGGAGAGAUCCCGCCAGUGCUUUUCAACUGCACAAGCCUUGUGGCACUGGAUCUGGGUUCGAACAACUUGUCUGGUCCUGUUCCUAAAGCUAUCUCUCAGCUGAAGCUGCUUGACAAUUUGGUUUUAUCCAACAAUCAACUUUCUGGCCAUAUACCCAGAGAGAUCUGUGCUGGAUUUCAGCAGGUGGCAUACCCAGAUUCCGAGUUCAACCAGCACUAUGGGGUGCUUGAUCUGUCUUAUAACAAUCUAACAGGACAGAUUCCUGCAACAAUUAAGCACUGUGCUGUGGUAAAGGAGCUGCGCUUGCAAAGUAACAGGCUCACUGGCAGCAUCCCUCCUGAGCUGGUCAAUCUAAUGAAUCUGACCUUCAUUGAUUUGUCUUUCAAUUCCCUUGUGGGCCCAAUUCUGCCUCAGCCUUUUCUUUUGAAAAAUCUACAAGGCUUCCUUCUUUCAAACAACCAACUAGAUGGUCUUAUCCCUAGUGAUUUAGGCACCAUGUUACCAAGCUUAGUGAAGCUCAACUUAUCCAGCAACAGAUUGACUGGUCCCUUCCCAAAGUCUAUAUUUAGUAUCAAGAGCCUUACAUAUGUUGACAUCAGCCAGAACUCCCUUUCUGGAUCCAUUCCUUUUUCUGAUAAUAUAUCUGGAGGAGUCAGCUCCCUUCUCAUAUUCAAUGCUAGUAACAACUAUUUCUCUGGCAGCUUAUCAGAGUCAGUCUCCAAUCUUACUUCCAUUGCUGUACUUGAUCUCCACAACAACAAUCUCACAGGAUGCUUGCCAUCUUCCCUCUCCAAUCUCUAUUAUCUAACCUAUCUUGACCUCUCCAACAAUGAUUUCCAGGAAGCCAUCCCAUGUGACAUCUGUAAUAUCGUUGGUCUUUCAUUUGUUAACUUCUCUGGCAACAACUUCGUCGGGUAUGAGCCAGAGAGUUGUAGUGCAACCGACCCAUGUGCAGCCAAUCACCUUGCUCCUUUGGUAGCUUAUCCAUCUUCACAUGCACUAACCCAAGCUUCUCUCUGGGGUAUCACUUUUGGUGUUGCAGCUGGCAUGCUUGCGCUGCUACUUUGUUUGCUUAAAUGGAGGGCACUGAGGCAGAAAUCUUUUGCUCUUGUCUCCGUUAAUAAGGCCAAGCCAGCAGCCAUUGAGCCAGCAUCCAGUGAUGAGCUUUUGGGAAAGAAGUUGAAGGAGCCACUGAGCAUCAACUUGGCCACUUUUGAGCAUGCUCUGCUGCGGCUUACACUAAAUGAUAUCUUGAAAGCAACCGAGAAUUUCAGCAAGGCCCACAUUAUAGGUGAUGGUGGGUUUGGCACGGUGUACAAAGCAGUUCUGCUUGAGGGUCGGAUGGUUGCAGUCAAGAGGCUCCACGGUGGUGGCCAAUUCCAAGGUGACCGAGAAUUCUUGGCUGAGAUGGAGACAAUUGGGAAGGUAAAACACAGGAACCUGGUGCCAUUGCUUGGGUACUGCGUUUUCAAUGAUGAGCGCUUCUUAAUAUAUGAGUACAUGGAAAAUGGCAGUCUUGAGGUGUGGCUGAGGAACCGAGCUGAUGCUGUUGAGGUGCUUGGAUGGCCAGCAAGAUUCAAAAUUUGUCUAGGGUCUGCUCGGGGGCUUGCCUUCCUGCACCAUGGUUUUGUGCCCCAUAUUAUACACCGAGACAUGAAAUCAAGCAAUAUCUUACUAGAUCAAAACUUUGAGCCAAGAGUUGCUGAUUUUGGCCUUGCAAGGAUAAUCAGCGCAUGUGAGACCCAUGUGAGUACUGAUCUUGCAGGAACAUUUGGAUACAUCCCACCAGAAUAUGGGCUGACAAUGAAAGCAACAGCAAAAGGAGAUGUCUAUAGCUUUGGGGUGGUAAUGUUGGAAUUGCUGACUGGACGGCCUCCGACAGGACAGGAGGAGGUGGAGGGGGGUGGAAAUCUGGUGGGUUGGGUGAGGUGGAUGGUAGGGCGUGGAAAGGAGCAUGAAGUGUUUGACCCAUUUUUGCUGUCAGGUGCCAACUUCUGGAGAGAACAGAUGAUGCAGGUGCUAGCAGUUGCUAGAGCGUGUACAGCCGAUGAGCCAUGGAAGAGGCCCAGCAUGCUGGAGGUGGUGAAGCUGCUUAAGGAGAUUAAGAUGAUGGAGGUCGUAAAUGUAGUUUCCUGAGAUAUCUUAUUCUCACAGGUAUGUUGCGAAGAUGUUAAGAAACUACAUUUCUAAAUGCAAUAAGUUUUAUGUUCGGUAGAAGUUUAUAUGUACAUAAGCUAAUUGCACGACAGUGUCAGUUGUGUGGAUUCGAGAAUCAACUCUUUUGACUCACUGUAACAGGCACUGAAGAGCUUGAAAAUAGAUGCAGUAUGUUCUAUUUUCGUGGUUGUACUAAUCUGAAGGCAAACUUAUUUUAGUAUUGAAUCAAAAUCUUCUUUUCCUGUGAUAUGGUGCAAA